CUUUUCGAUUGCCCGAAAGUACAGAAAGCGAAAUGGAGACACCCGCUGCCCAAGUGACCGGCAACAAACGCGACCGCGAAGAGGAAGAGCAGCAGACGGCAAACGAAGAUGACGAGGAGGUGAUGACGCUCUCGGACGUGCUCAAGCACAACGAGCAGAUGACGGAGACGGCGGACGCGGUGCUAGGAGACGCCAGUGACACACACUGUAGCUACCCCAUGGGUUACAUGCGUCAGGCAGUAUACGCCUGCAUGACGUGCACUCCGGACGCGCUGGAGAAGCCUGAGACGCGUGCCGGUGUGUGUCUGGCGUGCACGUACAACUGCCACCAGGACCACGAGCUCGUGGAGCUCUACACCAAACGUUCGUUCCGCUGCGACUGUGGCAAUGAAAAGUUCCCUAAAAGCAACCCGUGUAAGCUGGAAGCUGACAAAGCGCCGACGAACCCGCGCAACACGUACUCGCAGAACUAUGGAGGCCUGUACUGCAACUGCCACCGACCUUAUCCAGAUCCGGAACGAACGACGCCUGAAGUCAUGGUACAGUGUGUUAUUUGUGAAGAUUGGCUGCACGAAGAGCACAUUUCCAAGGAUGCAGACGAGAAAGAAGCUUCAAUUGAAGCCAAUGUACCCAAUGUUGAGAAGGAGACCUCCUCAUCAGCCGAGACGGACAAGGAAUCGCCCGACGACGCAGAAGCUACAACGGAUAGUGGGAACACGGUGUCUCCUGAUAGCUUCGACGAGGUUAUCUGCCUUGAGUGCAUGAAAAAGCUCCCCUUCCUCAUGGCCUACACAGUCGACAGUACCGAGAAUGGAGAAGUAAACGGUGAUGAAGCUUCCAAAACCAAGCAGACGGACACGAACGAGUGCGUGCUGGAGGUUAAACAACAGCAACUAGGAGAGACGACGCUGCGGCCGACGUUCUGGUCAAGCGAUUGGCGCAAUGACCUGUGCCAGUGCUCGUCAUGUGUGUCUCUGUUUGAAAAACAUGGCAUUGCAUAUCUCCUGGACCCGGAGGACUCUUUGCACGUGUACGAAGCCAGCGCAAGGGAGAAGAAAACUGCUUCGGACGAGGAAAUGGCGCAGCGUGCUUUUGCCAACAAUCUGACACACGAGCAGCAAGUGGAGGUUGCAAUGGGCUACAGUCUCAUGAAGAACAAUCUCCAGCAAUACCUCGCAGGCUUUGCCGCAGCAGGCAAGACCGUGCGGAAAGAAGACAUCCAGAACUUCUUCGAGACAUUGAGCCAGGUUAAACGACAGAAAACGGAGUAAACCUGCAUAGCUGAAUACUCUUUUCCAUGUAUUAACUCCCUUGAGUUCCUGCCUACUGUUGAAAUUUGCUCAAGAACUCAAAGACCUUCGCGGACAGAGUAGCUUCAGCCCCCAGCGCAUCACCAGGCUUAGCCGUCUCGAUCGUAGCAGCCAGACGAGCACCCUGAUCAAUCGCGCGCUUUGCAU